AUGCGCCUUGAUGAGCUCGCGGCCAGCCCGGAUGUGGAGUGUGACACGGGUGUGUGCGCGUCCGUGGCCGCUUUUCCCCGUGCCUGCCCAAGCCAAGGGCACGCGGGGCCUUUUUCUUUACAGAUCUUAUAUUGUACUUUAAACACACCAAAGGUUGACAUGGAAAAACUCUUGGGAGGGCAGAUAGGCCUGGAUGAUUUCAUAUUUGCCCACGUGAAAGGAACAAAAAAAGAAGUGAGGGUGUGUAAAUCCGAAGACUCACUUGGCCUUGCUAUUACAGACAAUGGUGUUGGCUACGCCUUUAUAAAGAGAAUUAAAGAUGGCGGUGUCAUUGACUCAGUUAAAACAAUCUGUGUAGGGGACCAUAUUGAAUCCAUCAAUGGAGAAAAUAUCGUUGGCUGGCGUCACUAUGAUGUUGCCAAGAAGUUAAAGGAGUUGAAAAAAGAGGAACACUUUACCAUGGAGUUGAUAGAACCUAAAAGGGCAUUUGAAAUAGAGCCCAGGCCAAAGACUGGGAGGUCAUCAGCUGGAAAAAUUGGUAGUGAACGGGGAACACUUCGCCUGAGAUCAAAAGGUCCUGCCACCGUGGAAGAACUGCCCUCUGAAGCCAAAUCCAAGGCAAUUAGCAAGAUUGAUGAUCUUCUUGAGUUGUACGUGGGAAUUCGCGAUAUCGAUUUAGCUACCACAAUGUUUGAAGCGGGAAAGGACAAGGGGAACCCAGAUGAGUUUGCCGUGGCUCUUGAUGAAACUCUCGGAGACUUUGCGUUCCCGGAUGAAUUUGUCUUUGACGUCUGGGGAGCCAUUGGUGAUGCCAAGCAAGGAUGAUGAUGACAUGGGCGGCCUGUCACUGAAGCAAGGGACCAUAUUCUUUU